AUGGACACAAACCAGUCACGCAAGGUUAAUGCUAUGAAACAGUCCCUCUUUGAUAAGGGAUUUCUGAAUGAUCAGUUUAGCCAACUGGAACAACUACAGGAUGACGCUAAUCCUGAUUUUGUUGAGAAAAUAGUGACCCUUUACUUCCGCGAAUCACUUGGGAAUAUCUCGAACUUGGAGCAGAUACUGAAGGAGAAUCCACUUGAUUUCAACAAGAUGGAAAGAAUUAUGUACGGGCUUAAUGGAAGCAGCUCAAGCAUUGGAGCCAAAAAGGUGACAGCAGAAAUCGUUGUGUUUAGGGAAUAUUGCAGGGCAGGAAAUGCAAAAGGAUGCAAGAUGAGCUUCCAACAACUGAAGAAAGAACAUGAAACACUGAAAAAGAAACUUGAAGCUUAUUUUCAGUUGGCUAGACGACAAGCUGGGCCCCUUGAGACAUCAUCUCGACCCAAGUAA